CUGGCCCCGCCCCCAAGUUGUAGGAUGGUGAUAGGGCGAGUGGAACAUGGCGGAGGAAAGCCAGGCGAAGCGCUUGCGGGAGGUACACGUGGGAUUCAGGGGGUGGAAGGAAGAGGCUGCUGUGCAUUAGGUUCAGCUUGGGCAUUUACGCGGGGGAAGGUGAGAGGGCUCAGCCUUCUUGGAGGGUGGGAAAUCGGGACCACUCGGGGUGAAAAAGAAGAUGGCGCUGAUGCUUGAGGAGAGCGGGGGACCUCUUGUUCUUUUGGAGGAGGGGGCACAUCUUUUAAAUAAUGGUGGUGGGAGAAAAUGAGACCCUUUGAGAGGGCGAGGCAAAGGGUAAAGUCACACCCUUCCCAACAACCUCAUAUUCCAAGGUAGGCAGCGUUGGGACAUGGAGGUUUCACUCAGCUGUCAUUUUUGGUUUAAGGUAAAGGUAAAGGGACCCCUGACCAUUAGGUCCAGUUGUGACUGACUCUGGGGUUGCAGCGCUCAUCUCGCUUUAUUGGCCAAGAGAGCCGGCGUACAGCUUCCGGGUCAUGUGGCCAGCAUGACUAAGUCGCUUCUGGUGAACCAGAGCAGCACACGGAAACACCAUUUACCUUCCUGCUGGAGCGGUACCUAUUUAUCUACUUGCACUUUGACGUGCUUUCGAACUGCUAGGUGGGCAGGAGCUGGGACCGAGCAACGGGAGCUCAUCCCGUCGCAGGGAUUCGAACCGCCGACCUUCUGAUUGGCAAGUCCUAGGCUCUGUGGUUUAACCCACAGCACCACCCGCGUCCAAUUUUAGCCACAGACUUUAAUCUAAUACCAGUUCCUCACCCAGACCCCUUCUCCUUCUUGGUGCCCUACAGAUGUCCCACAAACACCAGGCAGAGAGAUUGGUCUAACUCAGGGCUUGCCAAGCACCUCUGGAGGCUCAUGAGCAGAGCUGUCCAUCUUUUACCCACAAAAUGGGACCCAUUGUGGGCUUCUUAGUGGGGCAUCUGGUUAAGAUGCUGAUUAUCUGAUGGUGAUUACUAUAUGAUGUUCAUGAUUAUAAGAUGCUGGUCCAAAUGGGCCUUUGGCCUGAUCCAACAGCCAGACUCUUUCUUAGGUUGUAUCCCAGGGACCUUACAGAGAAGGGUGGGUAAUUAAUAAUGAUAACAAUGCGUUAUUAUGAGUACAUAACUGUUUGCCAAUCGGUCCUGGAAUGGAGUGUGUGUCUUGAACAGAAGUGGGUGAUGUGAACUACCUGUGUGACCAUCCUUAAGGCACCUAUCCCGCUGAAGCAGCUAAUGGGAUCUGUGUUCUUUCCUCGUUCCUAGGGGGAAGACAGAAAAAUGGACUGGCGCAAAUGGAAGCAGGAAAGUAAGAAUGCUCUUUGGGUUCCUGGGUCUUCUCCCCACCCCCACAGACUUUUUUUGGGGGGGCAAGUCAGCACUGGGAAUCUGUCCUGCCAAAGAACAUAGGAAGAGCCAUGCUGGAUCAGGCCAAAGGCCAUUCCAUCCAGCUCAGAAGAAGAGGGUGUUUUGAUAUGGUUUGGGCCAUUUGCCAUUAGUGUAGAAAAUGAGCUCAUUCUCCCAUUAUACCAUGUGUGUAAAGGCUUGCCCCUGUCGUUGCCUGUUGUUGAGUGCCUAAUAAACACAUAUGCUUAUGGUGUCUUAAGUUUAUCCGUUUUCAAACUGUACAUUAUUGGUUUUCCAAAUCCCCCCACCCCCUUGCAACACAACAUUUUUGUCAAACUGCACACGAAGAAAAACAACUUUGUGUUUCUGCUUUCUGCCUUCCAAGUGGAUGUCUCAUUUUGGCUUAGCUUGGCACACCAGCAGUAUUCCAAGCCUGAGAGUCCUGGGAGAAAAGCACUGCACAGUCCUUGCUUGAUUAUUCCCAGUAUACCUUAGUCCAAGGCCUUCUGUGUUGGAACUGUUUUAACCCCAAUGCUAACUCUCAGGGAUUUCACUUAUUGUCCAUUCUGUGUUCUCAUCUCUCUUCCAGAGAACGAGGAGAAGAAGAAAUGGAAGGAGCUGAAGCUUUUGAGGACACUGGAAAAGAGGAUGAUGCAGGAAGCGGCAAAAAAACAGAAAGAGGAGGCAAAGCCCAUUGAAGAUAAAGGUAACGGAUAACCACGAAUGGGAAUGAAACUGGGCUUUGCUUGGAAUGUGCUACAGAACAGCCUUCGGCAAUCUGGAGCCACCUCCAGAUGUUUUGGACAACUACUCCCAUCAGCCCCAGCCAGCACGACUGAUGGUACUCCAAAGCAUCUAGAGGGGGCGCAGGAUUGGUUCAGGCUGCUGUGGAGGAGGGAAGUAACCUGGGACUUUCUGCAUGCAAAGCUGAUGCUCUAACCACUGAGCUGGGUACGAUAGGUAAUAAAACAAAAACCCUCCUCGUGAAAACUAGGAAUGUUUAUUGUGCGCUGCUUCUCCUAAACAGUAACUUCCUUAUUUCCUAGGACGCAACUACACAGUCAGCGUUGCCCUUCCAGGCUCCAUUCUCAGCAAUGCCCAGUCGGCAGAGUUGCGGACUUACCUUGCCGGGCAGAUCGCCAGGGCCUGCGUCAUCUUCUGCGUGGACGAGAUUGUGGUGUUUGAUGAGCAAGGGGAGGAUUCAAAGUAAGGACUCUGGUUGCUCAUGAGGCUUUCCCCCUAACUAGCUGGCAUCAUUUCCAUGCAGGGAUUCCUUCCCAGCCCUACCUGGAAAUGUCAGUGGGGAAUGAAAGUAGGGACCUGUUACCACAAAGACAGCAGAUGCUCUCUUAUAAUAAGACACACUGCAGCAGCGUCUGAGUACCUGAAGGAGCAUCUCCACCCCCAUCAUUCUGCCCGGACACUGAGGUCCAGUGCCGAGGGCCUUCUGGUGGUUCCCUUACUGUGAGAAGCCAAGUUACAGGGAACCAGGCAGAGGGCCUUCUCGGUAGUGGCGCCUGCACUGUGGAACGCCCUCCCAUCAGAUGUCAAGGAAAUAAACAACAAUCUGACUUUUAGAAGACAACUGAAGGCAGCCCUGUUUAGGGAAGUUUUUAAUGUUUAAUAGGUUAUUGUAUUUUAGUGUUCUGUUGGAAGCUGCCCAGAGUGGCUGGGGAAACCCAGCCAGAUGGGCGGGGUAUAAAUAAAUUUAUUAUUAUUAUUAAUAAUAAUAAUAAUUACUGAGUGGCCCAUAGAAAGCCAACAGGGCGUAACUUUUUAUAAUUUGUUCCAAAGAUUGUACUGUUCCCCCUCCCCUGCCUCAAUCUUUUCAGGACGGUGGAAGGUGAAUUUGAAGGGAUCAAGAAGAGAGGUCAGGACUGUGUGCAGCUGGCCCGGAUUCUGCAGUACCUGGAAUGUCCCCAGUAAGUCAUUCUGCAAAAACAUGGGAAAGCGCCUUUAAUGGUUUUACGCUACCAAUGCUUCCUCAAUAUUUAUUGUCAAGGACUGGAAUUUGCUGGUGGGGGGAGAGAGAGAACAAUAAUGCCCCAGGGAUUAGACAGGCUUGUAUGUCUCUCAGCAGGUCCUUCAUGGGAUGAAGGGGAGAUUUUGACCCUCCGCCCCAUGUAUAUCUCACAGUGCACUCCACUUCUGCUUGGGGGCCUUAGGUCUAGCUGGCUUGAUUUUUCUGUUGGCUGCUGUGUUUUAUUUUAUCAUCACUGGAUAACUUGACCAUUAUCGCAGCUGAAUAUUGGAAGCUGCUUCUUCUCAUUUUCCCUUCUAAAAGCAUUUCUUUUCCUCUAUUGGACAGAUACCUUAGGAAGUCUUUUUUCCCCAAACACCAGGACCUUCAGUUUGCAGGUAAGGCCUAGAGCAAUGGGAGGGCCACAUUCCCUUCCAGGCAACAUUCUGGGGGCCGUAUUCCAGUGGUAGACAGAGCUGGAGGCAAAAGCAAGCAGAAGAACUAAUGCAGAUUUUACCUUCUGUAUAGUAGGCUCAUUUCUGCACGCGCGCACACACACACACACACACACGCGAACACGAUGUAUGUAUAAAUACAUCAUCCAAAACCAGUUUCCAAAAUAGUUUCAUGAUAUUUGACGUGGCCAUAUAUCUCGAAUCACAACGUGUGCAUGCACUAUGUUAAAAAAUCAUGCUGUUGGAAAACCCGUGAAGCCAGUCAUCGCUUCGCUCGUGCUUCCUGCUGCCCCUAUUGCUCUGCCUCCCCAGCUCUCCACUGCCUCUUAUAGGGGGCAGUGAACCACAAGAGCAGGUGCCGAAUAAAGAAGCCUACCUGGGAGCUUUCCUCAGUAAUGUAGACACCAUGAGCUUCUUGUUUUAAGUGCAGACCCAGGCUGGUAGGUGGUUGAGGGAGACGCCUGUCAAAGCACCUCCAGGCUUCUUGCUGGGAGCCCCUUUCCCCUGCCUUUCUCCUCCUUUGGACUCUCUCUGCUGGCAGAGCUGCCUCCUCAUGCCUGAGGGUUGCCAGGGCCCUUGCGAGAGCAGGAAGCCCUUUCGGCUCCACCUCCUAAAAGGCCCCCCCCAUGUUGCUGCCCAAGCCUGACUUUUGAAAGGCUGCUGCCCCCAGCCGGGGCUUGCUUGGAAGCCACUGCUAGUCCCAUGAAAAAAUAAACUGGGGUUAUUUACUUCUGAGUUGUUAAUAAUAAUAAUAAUAAUAAUAAUAAUAAUAAUAAUAAUAAUAAAAAAAUUUGCCCUGUUGUUUAAUCCUCCUUCCUUACUUUCCCUCUUCUCUCUCUGUGUGUGCAGGUGUUUCUGUGUCGCACCUCUACAUAGUGACACCAUUAUAUAUUGGUAUAUUUCAGUGUUUAGCCAGUGGUAUGUCACAAUGUCAGAAACCAGACAUCGUCCCCACACACUCAUUCCUCCUAAUGAAAAGGCAUAAUAAUAAUAAUAAUAAUAAUAAUAAUAAUAAUAAUAAUUUUUAUUUAUACCCCGCCCUCCCUGGCCAGAGCCGGGCUCAGGGCAGCUAACAUCAAUAAAAUUUCAGUAAAAACAUAAGAAGAAAAAAAGAAAAAGAAAAAAACAAUUUAAAAGACAGGUUAAAAUGCAAUUUAAAAUGCAGCCUCAUUAUCAGAGUUCAAUGACGUUUUCCAGCCAAACAGUCUUAGGUCAGGUCACAGUCAGAUAAACAAAUAUUAUACACUCAAUAAGGUGCCUCAAAAAAUAAAAUAAGAGCACAUAAACUUUACACUAAAUUGAUUGGUUCUCUGGAAUAAAUCAGUAGCUGAGUAUAUAACCCCCACCCCCGAAAGACUUAGAGGAAUUGUUUGGUCUCCAGUGGAUGCCAGAAGGUGAACAAUGUGGGCUGAACCUCAGGAGUAAUUAAUUAGUCCUGUCUUGGGUUGUUGUUUUUUAGUGGGUAGGGACAGCACACAUGUGCACAUGUGAAAAGCAGUGUUAGUUUGUUUUGCAUUGGAUGGGGAGGGUGGGGGUGACUCCAUAUUACUCACCUUGGACAUGUUGUUUCAGGGCUCUUAAACCCCCUAGACAGCCCCCACCACGUGCGGAUAAGUGAGGAAUCGGAGUAUCGGGAAGGAGUGGUUUUGUCACGGCCCACCAAGCCCGGCCGGGGAUCCUUUGUGAACUGUGGAAUGCAAAAGGUAAACCCUCACCUGUCCUGCUGCUAUACCUUAAGGGGGGUCCUACUUUUAACCCUCCACGAUCCUUAACCAAUCUCUAUCCUUGAUGGAGUGAGUGAGUUCUGCAGAGGCAAGCAUGAUGUCCCUGCGGAUCAGGGGGAGACCCUAGAGCUGCAUUGCAUCAAGGAUAACUCCCUGGGGGCCCCUUGCCAGUGAGGGAUGUGGCCAAAGACCAAAAAGGGGACAGAGCAAUAGAUGUGAAACUGCAGCUACUCAUAUUUAUUUAUUUGUUGCAUUUCUAUCCCACCUUUUUCUCCAAGGAGAUUAUGGUUCUCCUCAUUUAAUCCCCACAACAGCCCUGUGAGGUGGGGCAGUGACCCACCCAAGAUCACCCAGUUCACUUAAUGGCCCGGUGGGAUUUUGAGCCCUGGUCUACCAGGUCCUAGUCCGACACCCUAACCACUACACUGUGUUGUCACCUUAAAGGUAAAGGGACCCCUGACCAUUAGGUCCAGUCGUGGCCGACUCUGGGGUUGCGGCGCUCAUCUCACUUUAUUGGCCGAGGGAGCCGGCGUACAGUUUCUGGGUCAUGUGGCCAGCAUGACUAAGCUGCUUCUGGCGAACCAGAGCAGCGCAUGGAAACGCCGUUUACCUUCCCGCCAGAGCGGUACCUAUUUAUCUACUUGCACUUUGACAUGCUUUUGAACUGCUAGGUUGGCAGGAGCAGGGACCGAGCAACGGGAGCUCACCCCGUCGCAGGGAUUCGAACUGCCGACCUUCUGAUCGGCAAGCCCUAGGCUCUGUGGUUUAGACCACAGCACCAUCCACAUCCCGUUGUCACCUUACCUGACCCCUAUAGCUUAUAUUGCACCCUUGCCUGGCUGUGCAUUCGGCAGGCCUGAGAUCUGCCACAUCCCAAGCCAAUGUUCUCUUCCUAUAGGAGGUACAGAUCGAUAAGCAGCUGGAGGCAGGCCUUCGUGUUACAGUGCGUCUCAACCCACAGCAAAAUCCAGGUAACGUGACUGACCCCAUACCUUGGCCCAAAUGCUGAAUGGACUAGCCCCACAUCUACCACUGCACUCAGGUUGCUCAAAUUUGUCCCAGACAAGGAUGUGGGGGGCAGAAUCUCCCUUUCAUAACAUUUCCCUGAGCUUCAUGAUUUCAAGAGUUGUGAGGAAAAACUUCAUAAUUUGCAAGCAACCCUCUCCUUUUCCCGUGCAACUGGGAGGCGGACUGCCCAUUUGCAUCCCAACAAAAACCUGGGUUCUUGUGGGCCAGCCAGCCCUGUUAACUUCCCACUUUCUUCCCCAGAGAGCAAAACACAGAAGGGGGUGGUUGUUUCAUCGCACCAGCCCCGAACUGCUUCUGGGCUCUACUGGGGCUACAGCGUCCGCUUGGCAUCCUGUCUGAGUAAGUGUACACGCCUACUUUUUAAAAAGACCCCAUAACAAACUGUUAUGAUUAAGUAUAUAAAGCCUUUAACAACUGGCUUUAUAUACUUAAGAUUGCUUUACGUCAUUAUGCCCACUCAACAGCUUUGAUGGGGGAACAGGCACUGUUACAGGCCCCACAUUAUACCUGCUCUGCAGCUGUAAAAAAAUGAUCUUUUAGUGGGGAGGCACCUCCCCUUUGGAACUGCCUGCCUAUUGAAAUCAGGCGUGCACCACCAUUGCAUUCUUUUCAGUGCCUGCUAAAAACAUUUUUAGUUAGACAAGUGUACCCAGAUGCUUAGAAAGUUAGUGGGAGUCUUAAUCUGUUUAUGUCUAUUGAUAUUUUGAUUUUCUGAAAGCCUGGAAUUAUUGCUGUUUUUAUUGAUGAUUUUCUUUUAUCAUCCUUUUUGUAAACUGCAUUGAGAUUUUUUUUUUUAAAAAUUUACACCUAAGUGGUGUAUAAAUUUUAUGAAAUAAAGUAGACUAGAGUUCCCAGCAUUCUUUUGGGAAAUGUAUGAUCUUAGGCUUAAGUUGCUUAGAAGUCAUAAAGUAGUUUAUAAAUUUAAGUGGCAUUAAGUGGCUUGUAAAUUUAAUAAAAUAAAAUUUGGAGAACCGCAGGUUUUCCCCGUCCAUGGCUUAAGCGCAUUGCUUGACAUUUGUCUUUUGCUGGUCAGGCGCUGUGUUUGCUGAGUCCCCGUAUAAAGAAGGCUACGAUCUCUCCAUUGGAACCUCUGAGCGAGGGGCCUCUGUGGACCAGGCAACUCUGCCUUCUUUCAGGUACACCUUUACAAUCCUACCAGGUUUUAUGGCGACUAGAAUCGUCUCUCUACAUCCCGCAAACCUGCUUUACCAUUUCUUCUGUCUCCCAGACAUGCUUUGAUAGUUUUCGGAGGCUUGCAAGGCCUGGAGGCAAGCGUGGACAUAGACCUGAACCUGGAGGUCACAGAUCCAAGCACUUUGUUUGACUUUUAUUUAAACACCUGUCCGGGGCAGGGCAGCCGCACCAUCAGGACCGAGGUGAGGUUUUUUUAAAAAAAGGAUGUUCAUGGAGGCUCAUGGUUACUAGCCACAGUGACUAUAUUCUCCCUUCAUUGUUAGAGGCAAUAUGUUGGCAAUAACAAGGGGGGAAGAGUUGUUGUUAUUGCUGCUGUGCUUACGUCCUGCUUGCAGGCUUCACAUUGGAGCACCUAGCUGGCCUCUGUGAGAAGAGGAUGCUGAUAGGUGCCCAAUCCGACAGCCAGGUUCUUUCUUUGUUCCUUAUGGUGGCCUCCUGCACCCAUACAAAAGAAGAAUCUGCUGGGUUAGGCCAACAGCCCAUCUAAGUCCAGCAUCCUGUUCUCUCAGUGGCCAUAAAUUUCUUUUUGGGGUUCCCUUUCUAGGAAGCAAUUCUCAUCUCUCUGUCGGCGCUGAGACCUCGGAUCGAAGAAGCAGUGAAGAAAGGCAGCAACCUCUGAACAGAAGCAGAAACUCAAGCAUCCAACAUGGGCAGACCAUCAUCAAUCUUUGCCUCUCCCAGCCCAGGAUUUGCCCCAGCAAAUUAUUUGUCAAAAUUACAAAUACCUAAAUACAGACAGUCAUUUACCCUCACUAGAUUCAACGUGCUGCCAUCUGCCUUAUUGCAGGGCAGAUUCGAGGGUAAACCAUAUGUGAAAUGAGUCUGCCCCUGCGGCUUGAUGGAGGUAGAAACUGUCUCUCAUGCCUUGUUACGCUGCCAUUACUACGGGGAUAUACGCUCAUUAUUUAUUAUCCCUGCUAUGCAAAAAUCUCUAAAUGAAUCCAAACUUCAAUGUCUAAAAUCCCUGGUAGAGGACAAGGAUCCUGAGAUCACGUUAAGGGUAGCAAAUUCUGUGCAAUUGCUAUAAAACUUAGGGAACAAGCUGUGCUAUCAUAAUGAUUAAGGCCUUAAAUGAUAAUUUUAGGUUAUAUGUUAGUGACUAAGUUUUAAUUUAUAUAUUUUUAAACUGUUGCUAUAUCUGUAUUGUCCCUGUUAUACCUAAUUGCAAAUUCAAAUGUAUCCCUAUCAUGUUUUAUGACUUCUUUGAUAUUGUAUGUGGGCUGGAACUGGUCUGUGACCGAAAUAAUAAAUUAAUCAUCACCUCUCCCAGCCAACUUAACACCGAAAUGUGAUGUAGGACCAUAUUCUCUCUCUGUUGGGAGGUCAGGAAACUCACCUCCCUGCUGCCAGGGAGCAGGGGUCAGCAAACUUUUUCAGCAGGGGACCGGUCCACUGUCCCUCACACCUUGUGGGGGGGCUAUUUUUUUUGGGUGGGGGAUGAACGAAUUCCUAUGCCCCACAAAUAACCCAGAGAUGCAUUUUAAAUAAAAGGACACAUUCUACUCAUGUAAAAACACGGUGAUUCCCGGACCGUCCGCAGGCCAGAUUGAGAAGGUGAUUGGGCUGGAUCCAGCCCCUGGGCCUUAGUUUGCCUACCCAUGGGUUGGAGAGUAGCCAGACACAAACAGAGGGGGAAAGGGGGAAGGACUUGGAGACUGGCCUUUCUAGCUCAGCUGCCACUUCUCAGAAGGAGGCAUCUGCUUCGAACUUUUGGGAAACAGUGAAGACCUAAGUGUGGCAAUUGACUGGACGAUGAUGCCCUCCAGCUCAAAUGCAAUCUGUUGCAAACACAUUCAUGUUUAACACAGGAGCAACAACUUUAUCCACACAAUUAAGACUGCUAGGGAUAUGAUCUCCGCCCCCCACCCCAAGCAACGUACAGUUUAAGAAGAAACAUAUCAAGUGUAUGACCUAAUGUGAUAUUCCAGGAGUAUUAAACGGCCAACCUUUUUAAGGUAUAAACCAGUGGUUCCCAAAGUGGGCAAUACUGGGGGGGGGGGGGAUUACUUAGCAGAGUGAAAAGGACUAUCAGAUGUUAAAUAGCUAGUAUCACUGGAUCAAGUUCAUCAAUUUUGUUGAAUUAAAUGAAAUGGUUUUAAUUCAGUUUUGUGCAGGGGUUUUUUUUUGGGGGGGGGAGUUUUUGUAUUUUUAUUAUUUAAACCAUUAAGCAUUAAUAGAAGUAAAAUAUAUACAUAUAAAUGAUCACAUACACCUGGGUGGCCAGUAGUAUAUGUGAAAAGGAUCUAGGGUCUUGUUAGACCACAAGCUGAACACGUGUCAACAUUGUGAUGCAGCAGUAAAAAAAAGUGAAUGCUACUAUAGGCUGCAUCAAGGGAUGUGUCCAGAUCAAGGGAAGUCAUAGUACUGGCCUUGAUCAGACCACACCUGGAAUAACUACUGUGUCCAGUUCUGGCCGUCACAAUU